AAUGCACUUUACCGGUACGUAAAAAAUACAUGGAAGUAGCACGUGCUCUUCCUAUAUAAUAGAGUCACGCUUUAGCGUGACGAUUUCGCUAAAACGGCAAUAAAAUGAAAAAAUAACCCUUUUUUUGAAUUCCUCGUCGUUUUUUAUGUUAAUAAACUUCGUUUAAUAACGAAGUUAAUUAAUUAAAAUCAAAAGCAUUUUAAAAACAAACCCUUCGCUAUGUUUCUGUCGUUCACAUUCCAAAGUCGUGACGUUGUUAAGCACGUGAUUAAUUGGAGGUUAUUGAUUGGUUGAGGUAAGUGACGUAAAAAAGAAAAGUUUGACAGUUCUGAAAAUGUAAACAUUGAAUCAGCUGAGUGAGAUAUCAUGCCUUUUGUUUACGAUGAUUUGUAUGAAAUUUGUCGAGAAAAACGAUUUUUAAUUGAUUGGCUUCAAGAGUUAGGACUUUUGGGGAACUUUAGUGGUAUAUGUGACUCUUGUAACGUUGGCACAGUGAAACUUGUUGAAGAUAAAUCUUACAGUAAGGACGGUAUCGUGUGGCGGUGCAGCAGCAGGCUUUGCAACAAGAAAACUUCUGUCCGAGAAGGAUCGUGGUUUCUCGGCAGUCAUUUGCUAUUGGAACAGGCAGUAAAACUGACAUAUUACUGGGUUUAUGAACUACCGGGUGAUUUCAUUUCCAGAGAACUUAAGAUCGGUAGUGAUCAUACCAUAGUAGAUUGGAAAAAUUUCGCCAGGGAGGUGUGUCUAUGCAUUCUUAAACAAGACAGUGAAAGAAUCGGAGGACCCGGAAAGCACGUCGAAAUUGACGAAAGUAAAUUCGGCAAAAGAAAGUACCACCGUGGUAAGAGAGUAGACGGAGUGUGGGUAUUCGGGGGGAUAGAGAGAGAAUCAAAAAAGUGUUUUUUUGAAGUUGUAGAAGACAGAAGUGCUAAUACCUUAAUCCCCAUCAUCAAAAAAUUUGUUGAACCUGGGACAAUCAUUUUAUCAGAUUGUUGGAAGGCAUACUCUUCAUUGAAAUCCGAAGGCUACCAACACUUGACCGUCAACCAUUCAAUAGAAUUUAAAAACAAGGAAACAGGAGCUUGCACCAAUCUUAUUGAAUCUACUUGGAAUGCAGUAAAGAAAUCUCUCCCCAAAACUGGAACUCAAAAACAACACUACGACAGCUAUUUGAUCGAAUACUGCAUCAGAAAAAAAUAUUUAAAAGAAGCCAACGAUAAAUUUCUCACUUUCCUUGAACUCAUUAAACGCGUUUACAAGUGCCAAAAAAGACGGCCUUUAGCCAAUUUGACACAAAACAACCAGGUAGAUCAGUUGAAUGCCAGCACGGAUUUAUUUGAAGACUAAGGUAUGUUUAUUUAUUUAUAUUUUACAAUAUAUUGGGGGCUGCCGCCCCCAAGCUCCCGCUUGCAAUGCAAAAUGGCGGCGCCCAUCACUGUGUA